CCGAAGCGAAGAGCUCAGCGCUGUUUAUUCAGCCUUAUGUCCGAGAAAACGCGCCAUAUUCCGCUUUAAAUACUCCAAAAGCGCUUAAUGCUGGUGUGUUAGGAUGUUAGGACAUUAUCCGAGCGUGGAUAAAUCUCAGCUGGUGAGCUAUGUGGAGGAUUAUCUGGAGUGUGUGGAGUCGCUUCCUCUGGACAUCCAGAGAAAUGUUUCACUGCUCAGAGAAAUCGACACCAAAUAUCAGGAUCUGGGAUCCUUCAUCAGCCAUCUUGCUGCAUUCUGCUUUUAAAAGCCAGUAUUAUUACACCACCAACCAUCUCAGCCAUGAUGGCUGUCUGUCUGUCUGUCCCAUAAAACACACUUUAGAAAUCCUAAAGGAGGUGGACGAGGUGUUCGAGAAGUACAAGAAGGAGGCGGACGGCGCCCAGCGGAAGCGUCUCCAGGUCCAGCUGCAGCGGGCGCUCAUCAGCAGCCAGGAGCUCGGCGACGAGAAGAUCCACGUGGUCACCCAGAUGAUGGAGGUGGUGGAGAACCGUUCCCGCCAGAUGGAGGCGCACUCGCCCUGCUUCCUGGACCCGGCGGAGGCCGAGCGGUCGGCCGAGAAGCCGCGCCAGGAGACGGCGGGCGGCGCCGCCGCCGCCAACGCGCCGGCGGAGCGCGCGCCGUCCCGCAGGCCGCGCCGGCACCGCAACAGCGAGAGCCGCGACUCGUGCUACGGCGCCAACGGGGCCAACGGCGCCCUGGACGACGCCGCGGACGAGCCGCCGCCGCCGCCGCCGCCGGCGGCCCAGCAGCCGCGCGAGAAGAAGUCCAAGUCGGCCAAGAAGAAGAAGCGCUCGAAAAAGCAGGAGCGCGACGUCUCGCCCGCCGUGGAGUUCAACGUCGACCCCAACGAGCCCACGUACUGCCUGUGCGAGCAGGUCUCCUACGGCGAGAUGAUCGGCUGCGAUAACGAGCAGUGUCCCAUCGAGUGGUUCCACUUCUCCUGCGUCGGACUCACCUACAAGCCCAAGGGCAAGUGGUACUGCCCCAAGUGCAGGGGGGAUAGUGAAAAGACCAUGGACAAAAGCACAGAGAGGCCCAAGAAGGACCGCAGGUCCAGGUAGUGGGUCAGACUCACGGGAUUCGUGUACAGGAGAGUCCAGUCAUGUCUGCUGAGAUGUUUAGCCUGGUAAAAGCCGUCCAUAGAGUUUCCAACACCUAAAAUAACGUCCCUUAACGUCAGCUUUUCUGUCCCCUCUCGCGCCUGGCCGGCGACCGGUGUGCGGAGGACAUCUGAGAACCUACCCAUGAACUCCUACUGACCUCUCCUAAAUGUCUGUCCAGAAUCAGAAGACACAACACAGCGCCUCCUAGUGUUCCAUUAAAGUAAGGCACAACAUGAGUGGUGGAGGAGUGCAGAGAGUGUAGCGUGAUCCUCCGUACAUUAAAGCAUGGGGUCAGGAAGUGUCCGCUGCCUUCACGCCUGUUUGAAGGGGGUGUGUGAAGGAACUAGAACCUGAUGACGAUGGAACCUCACGACUGAGCGGUCGUGUACGUGUAGGAUUCAGGUGGUUUACCAUGUUAUAAGGUGGUUCCACGGUUAGAAAUCUGAUCUUGACGGCUCUCCUGACACCUUCAGUGGUAACGUUCAUCACUCUGGUGCUCCCCCCCCCCCCCCCCCCCCUCGCCCCCCCCGUCUCUCUUUAGGUCUCCGAGGCCUCGAGGGGGCUGGAACGGACUCCCGAAACUGCCGCCAGUGUUUGUAAGAUACCGAGACGUCUUCAGACUUUAUUUUUUCGUCGUACCGGACGUCGCGUUCGCGGGGGGGAGACGCGGCGAGUGGGUUUCGCGACAGGGUUUAACGUCACGCGCGCGUUUCUAUUUACGUUUCGACGUGAGUUUGGAAAUCAGCAGGUCUUCCGAUCAGAGAACAGCUCGUCGUUUCCAUUAUUUUGUCCACCGGGUGUAAAAUUUAUCUUGUGUUGUUUUUUUUUUUUCCAGUAUAUUUUGUGUAUUUAAAUAAACCUGUGCUUUCGUCUCUCA